CACGUGUCUGUUGUGUUGAUGGGCGCGUUGAGAAGCGCGUGCAGGUUUUAUUUCUCUACUUCUGCAAAAAUCACAAUGGCAAACUUCAGAUUCAUAGAUAUUGGCAUCAAUCUAACAGACUCGAUGUUCAGAGGAGUCUAUAGAGGAACUCAGAAACAUGAAGAUGAUUUCCCUCAGGUCAUCGAGAGAGCGCUGAAGGUCGGCGUGCAGAAGUUCAUCAUCACUGGAGGAUCCCUGGAGGACAGCAGAGAGGCGCUCAGACUCGCUCAGACCCGAGGUAACAUCACUCCAUGCGGCAUCACUGCAGCUCUGCGGCCACACAGUAAUGUGUGUGUGUGUGUGUGUGUAGAGGGGUUCUUCAGCACCGUGGGCUGUCACCCGACCCGCUGUUCUGAGUUCGACUCGCUGGGCUCGGAUCAGUACCUGUCGUCUCUGCUGGAUCUGAGUCUCAGUGACACACAGAAGGUGGUCGCUGUGGGAGAGUGUGGCCUCGAUUUUGACCGGUUGGAGUUUUGUCCCAGAGAAACUCAACUGAAAUACUUCGAGCUGCAGUUUGAUCUGGCUGAGGAGACUCGGUUACCCAUGUUCCUCCACUGCAGGAACUCACACACAGAUUUCCUUGAUAUAAUGAAGAGGAACAGAGACCGGUGUGUCGGUGGAGUGGUUCACUCGUUUGAUGGCACGCGUCAGGACGCAGCGGCUCUGAUAGAUCUCGAUCUCUACAUCGGUAUCAACGGCUGCUCUUUGAAAACAGCAGAGAAUCUGGAGGUGAUGAAGUCGAUCCCAUCGGACAGACUAAUGAUCGAAACAGACGCGCCGUGGUGUGGCAUUAAAAACACUCACGCAGGAGCGAAGAUGAUCAGAAGCUCGUUCCCCACCAAGAAGAAGUGGGAGACGGGACACUGCGUGAAGGACCGCAACGAGCCCUGCCACAUCAUACAAGUUCUGGAGGUUCUGGCGGCGGUGCGGGACGAAGACCCACUGGACCUGAGUGAAACCAUCCACGACAACACCACGAGACUCUUCUUCAAGAACAGUUCAUGAGAACGACUUGCAUUUCCACACGUGUGUCUGUUAUACUGAAGAUGCACAAUAAAGGCGACAGGAACUGUG